AUGAGUUCAUCUGAGUUUGAAACCCUACAGGCACAAUUUGAAGAACAACGAGCAAAUGCUGAACUUCUUAUUUCAUAUUAUAACACUCGAAUAGAAGUAUUAAAAACAAACAUUGAAAUGAUAAGAAAUCGUCUUCAAUUAGAAGUUGAGACUCAUCAUUUAAAGAAAGAAGAUUGUAUAAAAAAACUCAACGAGUUACAAAAUGAAAUAAAAGAAUUAAAAGACAAAUACCAGGAACAAAAAAACUAUCAAGAGUCUUUAGAGGAAGGAAAUUUAACACACAAUUUACAAAAAGAAUUAAACACAUUAAGAAAAGAAAUACAGAUGCUUGAUAUAGAAAAUGAGGUAUUAGAACAAAAAGUAGAAUUAACUAAAAGUCGAAUUAAUUCAACAAGUAAAGAAACAGAAGAAUUAAAGAAACAAUUAUAUAAACUAAAUCAAGAAAAAGAACAAGUUGAAAAUGAAUGUAGAAAAAUUCAAGAACAAAGAAAAAGAGAACGAGGAGACGGUGUAACAGUUACUCCACCUGAAACAAAGAAUUAA